UAUUUCCCACUGCACGCGAACGCAGCGGGAGACAGGAGGUGGAGAGAGGUAGAGGAUGAACGACAGCGAGAGAGCAGGAGAGGAAAAAAACAUAGGAAGACCCAGCUAACGCCAACACUGUUGGCCUGUCCUCCAGAAACAGAGAGAUAAAAACAGAAUUACAGUUUUUAUUUUUAGCAAAGAUGCAGCUCCGCGAACACUUCGUCGAGUGUGUUUGAGACUGCAGAAAUGCUGUGCCGGUAGUUUGCUAGGUUACCCGUAAAGACAAAAAGGGCAUCUCUCUGCUUCAGCAUAAUCCUUGGAUGAGAGUCGCCGUAUAAGCAGCGAAAGCCUCCCGCUGCCGCCUCCUGGUUACAGUAACGGUAGGAGAGGAAGACUGACUACGCGGCCGACAUGAAAUUCACAGAGCAUCUGUCAGCUCACAUCACCCCGGAGUGGAGGAAGCAGUACAUCCAGUAUGAGGCUUUCAAAGAGAUGCUGUAUGCUGCUCAGGACCAGGCCCCGUCUAUUGAAGUCACAGAUGAAGAUACUGUCAAGCGGUACUAUGCCAAAUUUGAGGAGAAGUUCUUCCAGAUGUGUGAGAAGGAGUUGGCCAAAAUCAACACCUUCUAUUCUGAGAAGCUGGCAGAGGCUCAGCGGCGAUUCGCCACGCUGCAGAACGAGCUGCAGUCCUCGCUGGAUGCACAGAGGGAGAGCUCAGCCAGUGGGCGGGGCCUGAGGAGGAGGAAGACGGUGUUUGCCUUGUCACAGCAGGAACGAUGCAAACACAGAAACAUAAAGGACCUGCAGCUGGCCUUCUCAGAGUUCUACCUCAGCCUUAUACUGCUGCAGAACUAUCAGAACCUGAACUUCACGGGUUUCAGGAAGAUCCUGAAGAAGCACGAUAAGAUCUUGGAGACAUCAAGGGGAGCCGACUGGCGGGUGGCCCACGUUGAAGUAGCUCCGUUUUACACAUGCAAAAAGAUCACACAGCUCAUCUCUGAGACUGAGGCGCUGGUCACCACAGAGCUGGAGGGUGGAGACAGGCAGAAGGCCAUGAAGAGGCUGAGGGUCCCUCCACUUGGAGCUGCACAGCCUGCUCCCGCCUGGACCACCUUCAGAGUUGGCCUUUACUGUGGAGUCUUCCUCGUCUUAUUGGUCGUUGUGGUCAUUACAGUAGCUGUGGGGACGGAUCGUUCUGAUGUUUGGCCUAUGGUUCGAAUCUACAGAGGAGGCUUCCUGUUAAUAGAAUUCCUCUUCCUGUUAGGCAUCAACACCUACGGCUGGAGGCAAGCAGGCGUCAAUCAUGUGCUCAUAUUUGAACUGAACCCCAGAAACAACCUGUCCCAUCAACAUCUGUUUGAGAUUGCAGGUCUGCUGGGGGUGCUGUGGUGCGUAAGCCUGCUGUCCUGUCUCUUCAGCGACAAGAUCCUGGUGCCGAUGCAGGCCAAUCCUCUGGCUCUCUAUGGGCUCUUCUUCCUUUUCCUCAUUAACCCCUUCAAGACCUGCUACUACAAGUCACGCUUCUGGCUGCUCAAACUUCUGUUUCGAGUGGUGACGGCUCCGUUUCACCGUGUUGGCUUUGCAGACUUUUGGCUGGCUGACCAGCUCAACUCUCUGGUGGUGGUCCUGAUGGACCUGGAGUACAUGAUCUGUUUCUACAGUUUUGAGCUGGACUGGACCAAACACAAUGGGCUCAUCAGCAAAGGUAAAGAUGUGUGCAACUCGUACUCGUAUGGCGUUCGAGCGGUGAUCAAGUGUCUUCCUGCGUGGUUCCGAUUCGUCCAGUGUCUGCGCCGUUACCGUGACACCAAGCGGGCCUUCCCUCAUCUGGUUAAUGCUGGCAAAUAUUCCACCACCUUCUUUGCUGUUACCUUCUCUGCCCUCUACAGCACACACAAAGACACAGGCUCUGAGGCCCAGAUCUUCUUCUAUUUGUAUAUUGGCUGUUUGGCGGUGAGCUCGUGUUACACUCUGGUUUGGGAUCUAAAGAUGGACUGGGGGCUGUUUGACCGCAACGCGGGAGAGAACACCUUUCUGAGAGAGGAGAUAGUCUAUCCACACAAGGCCUAUUACUACAGUGCCAUAGUAGAAGACGUGCUGUUGCGUUUUGGAUGGAUCUUGACAGUCACCGUCACCACACUCGUCACGUUUGACGGCAUCUCUGACAUCUUUGCUACAGUGCUGGCUCCACUGGAGGUCUUUAGGCGCUUUGUGUGGAACUUCUUCCGCUUGGAGAACGAACAUCUGAACAACUGUGGUGAAUUCAGAGCUGUCAGAGACAUCAGUGUGGCUCCGCUCAACGCUGACGACCAGACCCUCCUGGAGCAGAUGAUGGACCAGGAGGAUGGAGUGAGGAACCGACAGGGCAAGAAGAGCUGGAAGAGGAGCUACAGUAUGAGUCUGCGCAGGCCACGUCUGGCCUCGCAGUCCAAGACUCGUGACACCAAGGUUCUGAUAGAGGACACGGAUGAUGACUCCUGACAUCAGGCCACGCCCCUCGCCUGGGUCCAGAAUUUAUUCAAAGGAGGAAACUCCACCUCCUAACUGAGGAUUUACCCAGAGAGUGGGCGUUGAGCUCGCAACCAGGAAUGAGUUUGAAGCUCGUACCUACGUCAUCUUGUUUUUCUCUGCUUGGGUUCAGGACUGCUUGGACGGAGGAACUCUGACCUCUUAAACAAACAAGCCAGCUAUGUGUCCAACCUGCUGUCAACAAUACCCGAUGGUGGGCUUAUCACUUAAACUCUACUUUACCCAGGCAGCCUCCCAGAGGUGGAUUCUUAAACUACACCCACUCCUCCACCGCUGCUUGGGCUCUUCUCAAAGCCUCAGCAUAGCAUGAAUGAAACACCAGUGACAUUUUCCAGUUUCCAGUGCCGUCUCAGUGCCACACCACUCCCAUACAGGGAGAGGCCAACAAUUUAAGCCUGUUGCUGUCCUUUAGCCAUCAGCAUCCCCCGCUCCCAGCAUCCAGGAAACGACUGGGCAGAGGCCUGUAGUAAAUUAUGUAGUAUUGGUAGCUGAAGAAAUUAGAAAUCUCCCUGUACUUUGUACCUCGGAAGGAAAACAAAACCGAUUUCCACAACGGGGGUUAAAAUGAAUCCUCCUCCUCCACAGCAGACGAUGCUGACGAACAUCUGGUAACUGUGGUUUCCCUGUGCUGUUCAGCUUGAUCACUCAGUCAUCACAGAGCUGCCUACCUGCACCUUACAUGUUUUAGAAACAUGCACUUUGUAGGAGCGGUGAGUUGGAAAGCCUAUCAUGUGUUGACACACGGACAGUGAUUUUAGUGUGUUUCAUCGUUGUUGGACGUGCAACGCUCAGCCAUUAUUCACUAUAAGGAGACAGAAACGUGGCUUUUUCUUUGUACCUGUUGUUGUAAAUGUACCACGGACCAAAGUUCAGUGUGUGUGGAAAUAUUUAGUGAGUACCACGCAGAAAACACACUGUAUAGUGCUGCCGGGAUGACUGUUUGGCUGUGGAGCUAAGAAGGAAUUUUCCUUUUGCUUUUGCAAGACAAUGAACGACCAUCAUCCUGUUGUAAUUCCCACUCACCCCGCCCUCAGCUGGGAAAUGGUCCUGUUUGAAUGUACAUCACAUUAUUUGUAUACGUGUAAGUGGGAGAUCUGCCACCUCAUUGGGUUUGAAGAAGAACAAACUUUUAUGUUUUCCCCUGAAAUCGUGAUUUGAAAACCUGAAGACUGAGUGGAAACCGUUGGUUUGUACGACAUGUUGUGUUUAGGCUGGUCCAUUGAAAUAUGAGGGUGGAGAUGAAGGGAGAGGUCACCUGUCUGUCAUUAAUGUCUGUCUAUCAGCAGGUGGUGUACUGAAAUGCGAUUGGCUACGUGUAUGCUAACUUGGGUGUGACUGGGUUGAAGCUUGACAGCAAGAAAUAACGCGCUGAAACAAAGUCGGUGUGUGCGUAUGUUCAGUGCAAAGCUGUGAGUCUUAAGAAGAAACAGUCUUAGUUGUUGCCUUAUUGACCUUCCUGCAGCAGUAGAGUGAUUCCUGCAUUCAGGCUCGGUUUGUGCACCAUCAUCAACAGGUCACACACAUCAGUCUGUUUUCACUCAUUUCUGACUGAUGUGCUUGUGUUGUUUCUUAGGUAGUGUGACAACACUGGAGGAAAGGGUUUCCUAAACGUUGCUCGAUGAUCGGUUUCUCUUCACGUUCCAAAAAGUCAUCAGCUUAUUUUUGCUUUGUGCUUGGAUGAGCUCGUGUCUGACGACAGCUUCUACAAAGUGUUGGAUUCUUAUUGUUGCUGUUUGUGUUUUAACGAGGCGGCUGUUAAUUUUAUGCAUUAUAAUUAGUUUUAAUGUUGUGUUGAUGCAUUUGGAAGUCCUGGUGUGUGAUGGCCUAAGUCUUGUGUGCACUUUUUUAUUUCCCCUUUUUUCCUUUUUCUCUGUGGAGCCUCAUUGUGUAAUAGUUCUGCUGUAUUUGCCUCAGUACGGCGUUAGACUGAGGCUCUUUGUCCACCAUUUUAAACAUGAUUCUACUUCCAGUCACCAGAUUAAAAAACAGGGCAUGUUCCCUGAUUGGUCGGUGAGUGCUUCCUGGAAGUUGUCAUGUUGCUCCGUGACUUCCUGGUGAUUGCUGUGGUUGCUAGCACAUUGCCAGGGUUGCUGGUAGUUUGCGUGGAAUAUGCUGACUUAGCAGUUCUCUAAUUACCACCGAGCUGUGGGAAGUGUGUCCCAUCUGGAAUUGGAGAAUUUUUUCCUUCAAAGUAAAAGCUGUGCCUCAACACAUUUGAAAAGGUGCAGCUGUUACUCUGAAGGUGAACGUUGUGUUUCCAGUUGCAGUUUUCACAUUAUCAGUUCUGCAGGGGGCGUGGUCAACAGGUGUGUGCAGACACGUCAGCAUCUUCCAUGCAAACUGCAGACCAAACAAGCACUACACACCUGUGACCAGUUUCACCAACCAGUCAGAAUAUACAGCUGGUGGUGACCUGUUGAUUGUUGCUCAUCUGACCCGACCGUGUCAUAAGGCUGACAGGCUGUCACCACAUGGUCACUUUUUCCUUUUCAGCAGCUUUUUAUGAAACGAAACAGUAAAAAUGAUCUGCAGAGACGAUCAGUAUCUUAGAGGAAAUGACGAUCACCAGCAUUACUGAGUGUUAGCUGUUAGCUUGUGACUGGAGGUUAACUAGCUCUGCUGGUGUAAUGGCUGCUUCAGCCACACUGACUGAUUUACCAUUUUUACAAGGCCUCCAUGUAGCUGGCUGACAGUGUACGAUGACAGUCCAGGGAUAUGAUGACUUCUGUUUCCAUCAGGAAUUUGGCAGUAAAGUAAAACAACGUGGAGUAGUUGGAUGCGUGUGUGUAUAUAUAACAGUGUUCAAUGUUAACAAGCUUUGAGGCCAAACCUGAAUACCUGGUCUAUAAAUGUGGAGUCAAAAUGACCUGACGGUGCGUUUCCCUACAUCCUGCGUCUCCUUUUUUGUUUCACCGAGCGCUCCGGGAGCUUUUCUGCUCAUUCCUCACUCACACAUUCAUGCACUCUAACAUUCCCACAGUGACCAUUUGAAAACCUAGUUUCCUGAUACGUUCCCAAGCAUUUGACUGUCUGUAGCUCACAGUUGUGAGUUCACUCGAGCUCAGGGUUCAUCUCCGUCACAGACACACUGAGCGUGGCAGGGUCAUCCUCGGGUGACCUUUUCAUCAAAGAGCAGCACAUGUUCGUCCGACACAGUCGCUCCACCCAAAGACGAGUCAAUCCUGUGUUUGUACUAUUAUUUUGUAACUCCUCAGGUUUCACAUUGACACACAAAUUAGAAUACUGUAAUUCCAUCCAUGCAUUGUGAACAGUGUGUUUCACAUUGGCAGGAGAGUGGGAGACGCAAUGUGAUGAAGAUUUUGUACUCAGGAUAUUGUGAGCACACUUGCACCUUAACAUGCUAAUUCACGAGCAGCUGCGAAGCCUCCCGACUGCCCGCAGCCCCCCAUCACCCUGUGUGCCCUUUCAGUCUGUUUGUUUCCUGCGUGCAUGUACUGCGAAGGAGUGUGCAUCCAAAUCCAGGCAAUGGACCAAAUAACAUGGUAUGAUACAGAAAGUCUAUGCUGGGCUUCUUUUCAUGUGUUUACAUUGAAUGCAUCAGUUAUCUCAUGAUUUCAGCUGCAGGCAGGCUGACUUGGCUGUGAUAGAUUUGGCUGUAGCUUUAUUUUACACUCCGUUUUUGUAGGCCUGUGAGACUUUAAGUAGAAAAUGUUUGAUGUUAUGACAGACAGGUGACGUCCUCCACCCUUAUGAAGCUGCCCAGCAGUAGACUGUAGGCCUGGGUAUCAGACUUCACUAUGAUGGUGGGAUUGUCAGAAACGUGCCACCAAAAGCCAAAAUCGAAUGUUUGAUCUAGUUUGUGAUUUUUCCCUUUUUUUGUUCAUAUAUUUUAUUCCAUGUUGAAAUUUAAAUGUUAAUUUUGGUCAAAAUGUUUUGGAUGACAUUUAACAUUUGAUUUCAGGGUUCAAAUAAAACGUUGUACAGAGACCUGUGUUAAUAUUUCAAUACCUCACCAAGUGGGAGAUUGAGUCGAUAGCCUAGAAGGGUGGAAUCUGCUGUGUUUGAGAAUGUCUGAACCCUCAGUGAUUUCCCAACAUUUUACACUGUACAGCUGACUCUGAACAACAUGUCAGUAAAAGGAGAUCAAAGUUCAAAGACUUUAGAUUCUGUUGGUUUUCUCCUGGGGAGGAAAAUUAGGUUGUGUAUACACAAUAUUAGCUGGUCACUCUGUCAGGUAUUUUCCAUCAUCUUGGCCAAGAGCUAUGUUGUGUUAGGUGUGCUCCUUGACCAUAUACUGUAUAUAACGGAAGCAUGUAACCUCUACAGUUAGUGAAGCAUCACUUCCCCAUUCACCCAUUUUCUUAUCCUCUUGUCCCACCUGGGGGAGGUCCAUAACUGGGCUAAAGGUCAUUAGCUUAGCUUAGCAGCCAGAUGUCACAUGGACUGAGGGAUGAUGCACACUCAGACAGUAGUGACUUAUAAGUCACACAGUAAGACAUGCCUGGAUUUAUCUUCCUCCUGGAUUCUAAUGGAGAGCGUGAUGAAAAACAUGAAUCUCGUUUUGUAUUCGUCAGUGUGUGAACCUAGCCACUGGGACCAUGAACUCAUCAGGAAAAUGUUUACUGUGGUCACAGAUCGAGUCAACUGGGAGCCCUUUAAAGAUGGAUGUAGCUACAGUGAUGUCACCCUUUGCAGCCAAGAGGUUUUCACUUUUCCUUGGCCAUCUUGGUUUGCAAAAACCCUGAGGGGGGGUGGGGGGUUCUGAUUGCAAGACCCUUAGUCAUUAGCCCAUGAUAACACACUUUGAAAUAUAGUAUGGCCUAGAUUUGCAAACUAAACUUUUUUUUAUUUUUUAUUACAUUUGACCCAAAAGGAGUGACUGAGAUCAUAUACUGGGUAUGAAGGUGUGUGCAGAGGUGAAGACAGCCACUUUCCCAGAGUUCUGUAGGUCUGGAAGGCUUUUUGCAACCACAGCUAUCGCCAUCUGGUGGCCUAAAAUAGAAUGCAAGUUUUUAAGCACUUAUGCUUUAGCUUAAUUUUUCUGACACAGAUGCCAUGGUUUCAGGUUUUAUCUGUCUAUGACAACCAGAGUAAUCCCCCCUGUGCUGCCAGUGAAGGAUCGAGGUUUCUGUGUUUCAGGUCACACUAGAUUCCUCUUCAUAUAACUGUAUGUCAUCUGGGCCCAGCAUUAGACCAGCACACAGAGGAUUCUGUCAAGAGCAACACUUUCAACAGAAAUGAUUGUGAUUGGAUGCAAAGUUGUAAUAGUCCUUGAAUUUAAAAGAAACGCAUGAAGAUUUCUGUAGAGGAAGCAGCACAGCUCGUCACUCCCAGGUGUCUUUUUAGCUGCAGUAACAGGUAAACAGGGUUUUUAUGAAUGAACUUUUGCAAACUCAUUUUCCUGCUGCAACUCUGAGUUUUCUCUGAGGCAUUUAUUCUUCAAGCAGAGGGAUCUUAUUUUUCUCAAAACCUUUCAAGAGUUUGGUAGCACUCCUGUGAGGACGUGUGUUCUCCAGUCUGUGUGGAACACUUACUGGCCGGUUCUGUUAGAUCCAUUAUCAUCCUCCAAGAAUCUUCACACCACAGCAUGCAACAUUGCACAGGACAAAGCUCGAGGGACAUGAUUUGUUUUACACAUUUGACUGUAUUUUUACACCAAAAACGUGCAUUUUUGGUGUGAUUGGUUAAAAUAUUGAGAGAUCUGAGACAAUAAACUUCUCUUGUGGCACAUGAAGAAGGUUGGCUCGAACUAUCUUGGAGACCAUAUGGAUGAAAUAAGAUUUACACAGGAAUACAGCCCUAAUUGGGCUCAUCCUCAACUACCAAAACAAGUGUGGGGUUUUUUUUUUUUUUUUUAAACUGUAAACACUUUUAAUUUGCAUUGUGACCGAAAACCAUUUGGUUUUACAUUAUAUAUGGAUGAACAUACUCAUUAGAAGCAUUGUAUAAUCAAAGACUGGUCUGUGAGUGUUGUCUUGUAUGUACAAUAGUAGCGUAAUGCUACAGGGGCACCUGGUUCACCAACUCCUGUUACAAGUUUUUCAGUAAAAUGAGCUAAAGCUGUAA